AUGUUUGGAAUCACCUGUGCCUGCCUUCGGUGCUGGUAUCUUAGACAGCAGCGCAGCCCUGAGAGGGGUGAAGAGCAACCCUAUGAAGUUACAGUCAUAGCCAUUGACCACGACAGCACCAUCCAGAGCACCAUGACCUCUUUGCAGUCAGUAUUUGGCCCGGCUGCUCGCAGGAUAUUUGCCGUGUCACACUCCCAUGGUCCUCCACCUCAGCUGACGACUGUGGGACCUGAAACCCCACCAUGUUAUGAAGAGGCCUUGAGGAUGAGUCGCUUCACAGUCGCACGCAGUACUCAAAAGCCUUGCAAUCUAGCUCCUGUUCCUGAAGAAAGAAAUGAGAUACCCAUGCCAUAA